ACUGCGCCCUAGAGAACAAACAUGGCACCGGUUCUUUCGAAAGCAGUGUUGCCACGACACAUUAAAAAAAUAGUAGUAGAUCUUUUCGCGAAAAAUUAGUAGAAAUCAGUAGAUUUUUAAUUUCAAUUUUUGCACUCAGUUUAUGAGCCCACGAAUUCAGCGCUUAUAUUAGUACUCUGUUGAAGUAUUGUAGCUUCCAGGAAAUGGUACAAAAAUUGACCCCGAGAUUCUUAGCGAUACUUUUGAAAAACCCGGGGAUCCAGAGAGCCAUUGUCAAGCACGAAUUUAAAAACAGCGAAGCCCUCCGAUGGCCUAUUCAAAGGCGUCAGAUGGUAGUUAGUACCUGAAAGCUUUAGAGUGUAGUAUCUUCCAGACAGGGGUAAUUGGAGAUCGCUGGGAGAGGCCUCCAUAGAGGCCUCCGUGCUGCAGUGCACAUAACAAUAGGUUGGUCAUGAUGAUGAUGGUGAUAAUGGUCGUUUCAUAGUUGUGCAGUUCAGUAGUGCACCCACUUUCACAAAUUCACCGCUUCACUGUUUCCCAUAGAGCAUAGAAACUCUAUGCCUUUUCCCCACUUUUCUCAAAGACAGAGGUAGCGCCACGUUUUUGUCUGGCAACGCAGGAGUGUAUGUUAACCUCGAAGCCAACCACGUUUUUUUUUUCUCUCGCUAGGUGGCAUCACAUUAAUAUAACCUCUGUAACCUCUAUAACCAUCUAUCCAUCUAUUCCCUGUACUGAAAAAGUUGCAGAUUUCGCUUUCGUUUCAGUAGGAAAGCAAGAAAAUCAGCAGAUUCAAGCGCUUUAUCACUGUAUCAGCAGAAAACUUAAAAAAUCAGUAGAUCUACUGAUAUAUCAGCAGCCGUGGCAUCACUGUUCGAAAGGCGGCUAGGCGCAGGGAGCAGGUUCGACGCGCGGAUACCGGCAUACGUUUUAUGUUUUCGAUAGCGCUGGCUUCGCAGUGUUCUGUUUCACCUCCCAGGUUCGCCGGCGUCUCCGUGUCUGCGUUCCCGGGACUUCGGCGCCGGACUGCCGCCGUUCUGCCACAGUGUCCCGGAUGAGAGAGCGCGUUCCGCCGGCGGCGAGCGUUACCUUGGUGUGUGAAAGUGCUCUUCGUUCAGUAUCAGUGGGUUCGAGCGGCUUGUCGAGCGCGCACGUCGCGGAGAUGUGUGCGGUGUGUGAGUGAGAAAGGAAACGGCGCGUUUCACGGAGGCGCAAGCGUUUCAUUCUUUGCAGACUGCUGGCCUUUAAGACAAAAUGGCGAAUCCGAGGAAUGCUCGAAGACCUGUUGGAGCUCCGUAUAUCACUUACUUCCUGGCCAACCUGGAACGCACCAGGGGCUUUUUCUCCGGGAAGCUCAUCGACUACCGCAUGCCGUGCACGGCUUCUGAAGAUAGAACGUGCCAGAUUGUUGCCAACCUUAGCGUAUGGAACGAGUUCCUGUGGCCGCUUGACCUGGAACUGCGCGAGCUACCAGAAACAGGGAUGCAACUGGGUCUGAUAAAUUUUCCCAGUAACUCCCGUUCCAAACUUAUGAAAGACCGAAUGCAUCACGGAGCCGCAGUUCUGUACUGGCUUCUUAGCACCCAUCACUGCGUCGCACGAAUGCACAUUGGGAACACGUUCGCUUUUAGGGAAACGGCUAAAUUGUGCUUGCCGGUGCUUUUCGAAACCCUUGACGAAAAUUAUUCAUUGAAAUCCGUCGUUUUUGAUUUCCGAACUGUAGUGGAAUUGAAAUCCGAGGAAAUGGAAAAGCUUGUCGAGCACAUUUUGUCUCCAAAAUGCCUGGCGGAAAUUGAGCUGCCGCGACAACAUUCCUCGCUCUGUGUGCAUAACGUUUCUGCUAUUCUUCGAAGCACGGCAACGUUGACUGUACUCGACUGUUCCGUGAUAUGUCAGGUAGAAAGCACGCUAGCGCGCCGGUUCUUCACAGCACUGAGAAUGAACUCGACACUGCGUGAUUUGUCGUUAAGCCUAGCGGUAAUAAGCGCUGAUCCGGCGUUGUUCGCUGAAUUCCUUAGUGGUGACGCCCGGCUACAAACUUUGAGAGUGGUCUCUACCUACGCUGUCUUACCUGAUGAUCGCUUAAGAUGUAUGCUGGAAGGUAUGGUGAAGAACCGGUCAGUCUCGAACUUGCAAGUCGAGAAUAUCGCUUGGGAUUUUGAGAGCAUUGAGCUUGCAUCGAAACUGCUUGCUGAAAACAGAGUUUUGCAAAGCUUUCAUGUGUCUUCGCCCAACUAUGUGCUGGAUGAAUCUAUAGGGUUGAGUGUAAGACUCACAAUGCCGCCCAACACCUCUUCUCUUCAGGAUGCCAUUGCGCGUAACAGCAGGUUACAGUACAUGACCUUGAAUUUCAGCAUGUGGACUGCUGAACACUGGGCAGCUUUUUUCAGUGUUUUGUCAAAACACACAAGCCUCAAGAUGGUGACCAUCAUUAUUGGAGACAGAGAAGAAUACCGUCUUUUGCUUGACGUCGUCAAAUCCCUUCAAGAAAGUGGCUGGGAAGAGAAGGUUUCCUUCAAAACUCGCUGUAUUGUCGACAGGCUGACUGUUUCUGAUUGCAAGUAUUUUCGCGAACUUAGCCUAACGGUAUUGGACCGAACAAAAGACAUAAUGUUGCCACUUUUGCAGCAGUUGUCCACGCUUACGCGCUUGAAAGAAUUAAGCCUGACCCUUCGCACGUGGGACAGCGUAAUGUUUUACGCCAUUUCUAAAUACAUAUCAAUGACGUCGACCCUCCGAAUGCUGUACCUAGACUUGUGCACGAGAAACCAUGCGCCUGAAUUAAUCGAGUGGUGGCCAGCACUUUCGAGAUCACUUCUGCUCAACAAGAGCAUUGUUGCGCUCAGCAUUGGUGUUUAUGUGGAAAGCAGCCAGAACAUCGAACUGCUCGGUGACGCAGUAAUGCGAAGCCAGACUAUCCGAAAGCUCUGCUUGAUGCCAUUUGAUCCACUUGCACUCGUCGGCUUCCUUCGAGGUCUACGCGCAGAUGUAUUGAACAACUACGCGCUAUGCCGUGUCACCGUGGACUUUCGCAUAACCCCUAAUAUUGUGGCGGACUGGUUCGCCGUGUGCGACACGUCACGGCGAAACUCUGGCUUUGUAGCCCGGGCAGCGCAGUUCCUGAAUCAUGCACGGUGUGACAGGCUCUGCGCCGCUGGUCUGGACCGAGUGUCCCGUCAUCCGGCGCUGUUGGCCGAACUUGCGGAAGUGCUGUCCAUAGGCGAGGAAGAGGCAGCACGCAGGGUGCGACAACGGUUUCGCAACAUCGAAGGUCUGCACGAAUUCAUGCGACUGACCGGUGUCGUCAAGCAGCGGGUCAGGUGUCAGCCGCGCGAGGACGGACGCGCGCAGCUGGACGACCUCAACAGCGAGUGCUGGUGUCACGUGAGGCGCUACCUGCAGCUGGACGACGUAGCGUUUGACUGAACGUUGCCGCCGGAUCUGCAGGCACUUUUGGUUGCCACUUGAGCCACGGUCUGAAAAAUCGCCAAAGUUGGCAUAUGUUCUUUCUGUGGAGGACGGUGUGCGUUUUUCCAUACAUCAUACUCAGAACGUGGGAUGGGUGAGAGCCCCGUGUAUUCUUAGUAAGAAUUCCACGUUCAUUUUUGUUUGAUUUUUUAUCCUUUGCGGUAGUUCCUGCGAAAACGGCGUUUAAUGUGAGGCUUAGCAAAUAUUCCAUUAUUGUGAGCAGAGUUAUACUUUUGGUUACCGUGUGAACUUGGGUCACCUCCCGAAGGCCUGAUGUUUACGCGUACUUUUUUUGCUUUCAAUAAAGAAAUUUCAUUCCAGAAA